GGCUGAGUUCCUCUGCCAUUACACCCUUUGAGGAACGCCCUGUAGCCGGUUUCUCUGCUCUGAAUCAGCCUGCCAGGGUGCGCUCCACCCUCAUUCCAGAACAGAGACGUCGGAGGCUCCCGGGCUGGAAGGACUCCCGCCGAGGCUGCCCCUUCCUCCUCCAUGUCCUUGCUUCAGGGGUUAGGGCACUCCUAGCCAGCAGCACCAGGAUCAUCAAUCCUGCUGAGCCCCCCUGGAAUCCGACUUCCCCUGGGAGUGUUCUUGGAGUGGAAGGGUCGGUCUCUCCCGUGGGUGACUGAUACUCCCUGCUGUCUGGCCACUCCUCCCUCAUGCCGCUCGGACUAGGCCGCCGGAAGAAGGCCCCUCCGCUGGUGGAGAAUGAGGAGGCUGAGCCCAUCCGUGGCAGCUUGGGUGGGGUGGAGGUGGGCAGUGGCGGCAGCGUGGCAGCCCUGCAGCCCGGCCUGCCACCGCCUCCUGCCAGCCUCCGCCCUCGACUGGUGUUCCACACUCAGCUGGCCCAUGGCAGUCCCACUGGCAGGAUUGAGGGCUUCACCAAUGUCAAGGAGCUGUACAGCAAAAUUGCAGAGGCUUUCAAGAUCCCGCCAGUUGAGGUGAUGUUCUGCACCUUAAACACCCACAAAGUGGACAUGGACAAGCUGUUGGGUGGCCAGAUCGGUCUGGAGGACUUCAUCUUUGCACACACAAAGGGCCAGAGGAAGGAGGUGGAAGUCUUCAAGUCCGAGGAGGCCCUGGGCCUGACCAUCACUGACAAUGGAGCUGGCUACGCAUUCAUUAAGAGGAUCAAGGAAGGGAGCGUCAUAGACCGGAUCCAGGUCAUCAAUGUGGGCGACAUGAUUGAGUCCAUCAAUGGGCAGAGCCUCAUCGGCUGCCGGCACUACGAGGUUGCCAAGAUGCUCAAGGAUCUGCCCAAAGGCCGCACCUUCACGCUGAAGCUAACAGAGCCCCGGAAGGCAUUCGAUAUGAUCAGCCAGCGGGCCGCAGGGGGCAAGCACAACAGUAGCUCCCAGCUGGGCACUGGCAGAGGGACCCUACGGCUACGGGCCAAGGGACCGGCCACCGUGGAGGAGCAGCUGUCUGCGUUUGAGGAGAGGGCGAUUGAGAAGGUGGACGACCUGCUGGAGAGCUACAUGGGCAUCCGCGACACGGAGCUGGCUGCCACCAUGGUAGAGCUGGGGAAGGACAAGCGGAACCCGGAUGAGUUCGCGGAGGCGCUCGAUGAGCGGCUGGGUGACUUCGCCUUCCCCGACGAGUUCGUCUUUGACGUGUGGGGCGCCAUUGGGGAUGCCAAGGUUGGGCGCUACUAAGACUCUGCGGGCCUGCCCUGCUCUGCCCACCCUGGAUCUGCUGUGCCCUUGGGCUGGGCAAGGGAGUGCUGGGUUGCUGCCCUCAUGUGGACCAGGGGGUAAGGGAUACACCACGGGCCUGGCUCUGUGCCUGGCUCCAGCACUGCUGUGGCAAAAACUCCAGCUCCGGCUCCUCGCCCCUCCCCUUCACCUAGGGCCCUGGGUGUACUUCUCUAUGGCCAGCCCUUCCUGACUGUACCUGGAGCCGCAUGGGAGCCAGGCUCUGGGCUCUUCUCCUCUCUCCCCCCAGUACUAGAGGCGGCGGAGGGGACAGCUGCUGGGCAUAAUCAAGCAAUAAGCUGAGCCAUUGUGUGCCCCUGCCGAAGGCUGCAGGGAGGUGGGGACUGGCCAGGCCCUUGGGGUGCUCCCUCCCCAGUCCCGGGGGGCAGCAGGGGAGUGAGGGGGGCCAGCUGCACUGCUCCCUGGGGUGGAACAGGGUGUGUCCUGGCACCUGCAGGGCCUGGCACCCCUCUUCAGUCAUCAGGGUAACCUCCUGGCCGCUGCUGGGGCGUCCCUCGACUGUACCUCUGCCUGGGCGUAGCCUCCUGCCGGGCAGUAACCCCGGUGCCUUGAAACUAACCCCGGUGCCUGUGUUCCACGUGUGGGUGUUUGCCAGCAGAGGCCCCCAUGCCCGUAUGGUACACCUACCCCGCUGCCUGUCAGCACCCAUCUAACCACUAACGGGAGCGAGGCCGCCCAGGGCGGGCUGCGGAUGGCAGAGUGCCCGCAACAGCCUGCUCGCUCCUCCCGAGCUCACUCCAGCCCCCCGCCCUGCUGCUCUGUUGGUACUGUACUGCCCUCUCCCUUCACCUGCUUUAAUCCUUCUUCCUCCCGCCAUGGAGCCCUGGGCAGCGAGGGGCUGGCAGGGGCAGGCAGCAUGUGGGGCUGCAACCCCGAGCAAUGCUGAGAUCCCUUGUUCCCCUCAAAGGCAGCAUGAGAGUGGGAGCUGCUGCUAACUCGAGGGGAGACAGCUCACUCCCAUCCCCUCACCCUGCUCCCCUUGUUAUCUCCCCCCC